AUAUAUAGUGGACCUAUGUUUGUGACUUGGUGUAUAAAUACACAAGUACGACACUAGUACUUCUCUACAUUCUAUCUCACACUAACCCCCAAAAACGUCUCUCUCUCUUUCUUUUUCUCUCUCCAUCUCUCUCAUAAACAUGAUAAAGAAGAGCAAGCUGAUCACAAAGGCAUGGAAGCAAAUGUCAAGCAGAUUCUCCAAACAUCGCGACGCCACGGGAAAGCCUAAGGAUGAAUAUCAUAUACCACAUGACGUACCAAAGGGACACCUUGUGGUGUACGUAGGCAAAGAAGAGGAAAGUUACAAGAGAUUCGUUAUAAAGAUCACGUUGCUUCACGAUCCCAUCUUCAGGGCUUUGCUUGAUCAAUCAAAAGAUGAAGCUUACGACGAUUUCACUUCCGGAGAUUCCAAGCUUUGUAUUUCUUGUGACGAAACUCUCUUCCUUGAGGUCAUCCGUUGUGCUUCUCCUCGUUAUUCUUGACGAGUCUUUGAUUCAAGAAGAGGGGUUCUUCGGACUUCUAACGUUUAGGAUUUUGAUAAUUAAUGUGAGAGGAUCCAUUAUAUUUGAGGUGAUAUGUGUAGAAAUAAUGAAGAAUGUUGUGAAAUGAGCCAUUUUUAGGUAGUAGUUGAUAUAGAAGAUGUAAUCUUCUCAUCAAAACCUUCAUUGAUUUA